CCACCUCCUCCCAAUUCCCAUGCAUGCAAUCAAACUUCUCUCUUAUUAUCAACCUUCUCCACACCACCUCUCCAUUUGUGAUCCGCUCCCCAUUCUACAAUGGAGGAGCGGGGCCAACCUGCCGCAGCAGCGGACGAUGAUGCCAAUGAGGACCCACCCUUGUCAGAGCCACAGACACAGAUAGUACCCCUCGCCCCACCUCCCUUCCCCGGAGCAGCAACCUACGUAAUCCAAAUCCCUAAAGACCAAAUCUACCGUGUGCCACCCCCUGAAAAUGCCCUAAUUGUUGAGCGUCACCGCAAACCCGAAAAAAAGAAGCAGAAGUGUCCAUGCUGCGGGACUCGUUGCUUGGUUAUUGGAGCUAUUUUGUUUUUCAUAUGCCUUGUAAUUGGCAUAACAUUGCUUGCAUUGUCCCUCACUAAGAAACCUAAAGAGCCUACUUUUUCGAUUACGCAUGUCCACGUGAAGAACCCCAAAUCAAAAUCAUCUUCUGGCAAGAAUUCCCAUCCAGGAUAUGAGGUGUCCAUGAAAGUGAAAAAUCCAAAUGGACAUGGCAUAGAUUAUGCAAAUAGUGGAGGGGCUUCUCUUAUGUACAAGGAAAAAACCCUAGGCAAAGGAAAAUUUCCAUUAAAGAACCAAGGAGGAGAUGACUCCGCCGCUGUAAAGCUUGUUCUCGACGGAUCAAAGGGGCCGUUGCCUCAGGACGUGAAGAAGAGCAUGGAAGAUACUGAUUCAAAGGUGCGUGUGUCUUUGGCUUUGAAAAUGGACCUUUCGGUGAAGGUGAAAGGGUUUAUCAAGACGUGGAAUAUGGACACCGAAGUUGAAUGCCAUUUCAAGGUGAGUACAUUGGGGAAGGGCACAAGGGUUCUGGACCAAAAAUGUGAAGCUCAAUUCAAGGGCUAAAGAAAUGGUGAUCAUGGUAAAGGCGGUGGCGAAAUAAUUUCUUGUUCUUUUUUUCUUUUCUUUUUUUUUCGUUUUGUUAAUCUUCAUUUCCUUGUUUAAUUGUGGUGGUGAUAUUAGUUGUUGAAUGUGAAGGUUAUCGAUUAUCAUUUUAAGUUCAUUAUUUUAAUCAGAAAGGAAAGGCCUAUGUUUUUAUGCUUAAA